GCUCAGCAACGUUUCCCAGCCGCGAACACACGACCAAACCAAGCAGUGGAGCACAUCCAGUCAUCGAUACAAGUGGAUAUAUAUGGCGAGCGGCAGCGGGAAGGCGAAGGCGUUGUCGUGGGCGGCGGCGAUGAGCGUGGGCACGGUGGAGGCGCUCAAGGACCAGGGCGGCCUGUGCCGCUGGAACUACGCGUUCCGGUCGGCCCAGCACCGCGCGAGAGGCGCGGCAGCGGCCGGGAACGGCUCCAGCUGCGGUAGGAGCAACGCGCACGCGCUGCCUUCCUCCGGUGGCGCCGCGGCGGUGGCGAGGAGGAAGGCGAAGCAGCAGGAGGAGGAGCUCUGGACAGUCAUGUACCUCAGCAACUGGGGACCCAACAACUAGCUAGCCGAUGAUCAGAUAGAUUAGGUGUUAAACUUUAAUCGCUUGUUUUUUGUACGACCAGUUUCACAGUUUGUGUGGGCGGAUGAAUCAUCCAGUAUGUAUGGAUGAGCAUGUGUACGCCAGAAAGUUGACCACUCCAUGUGCAGGAGCUUUUGUAUAUAAAAAUAGUUUAACCAUCUUAGUAAAAAUAUUUUCUAGCAUAGGUAAAAAUAACUUGA